AUGGAAGUCAUUCAGCCUAUGCCCUCUUGCACGCCCCCGUCACCAACAAAGGCGUCGGCCACCUCCUGCACCGUUUCUUACGUCAAGUGCGCCGCGGAGAGCACAUCAUCCUCUCAGUCACGCUCCGCUCUCCUUGCGCGCCGUUCCAGUAAGCCCAACAUAUUUACCUCCAUCAUGACCCUGUCGUCUCCGUCCUCAACAUCAGGAUCGCCGUCGUCACCCUCGUCGUCUGCGCUGAGCCUCCUCUACACCUCGCGCCCACCGCCGUAUACCCCCGGUGAGACGCCCACAAAAUCACUCACCGGUCCGCAUGCCAGCCCCAGCGUUAGCACAUCGACUGCCACCGCGACGGGAACUUUGAGAACACCUCGGAAGGGUUCCGGUCCUGGGCCAGAGCUUCCAUUCGUGCCUCUAACACCUAUCAUGGCAUCUCCGCGUCUGACGCCAGACAUUAGCGCGACAGCCACUGUUCGGGGCGCGGAGACGAGCUGGCAAGGCAUCGCGGAAAGCGAGACACAUCCCGGUGGAGACGCAGUGGCAACAGAGUUUAGCGACGCAGGGGACUAUUUGACUCGGGGAGGACAGACGGCAGCGUCGUCGUUGACCGCCCUUUCUUUGGACGACGGUGUUCAGCCAACUGUGUCAGGGACACCGACGUGGACGGCCACACCGCCGACGCCCCCGUCCAGGCAGGCGUCGCCUGCACCGUCUCCAGUGCUGAGCAGGAGCGCGAGCAGGUGCAGGAGCUCGCGUGCUGCAACCGUGGCUGCCCUCCCUUUGUCUCGGAGCUCAAGUUCCCCCUCGCCAUCUCUGCCGUCGUCCCCAUCUCCCGCACCCAGCUCUGCGGCGGUGUCCGCGCCGAUAGUACGUGGACGACACCAUUAUCUGCGCUCGGCAGACGUGUUCGCGGACGUCGCAGCUCCGCGUCGCCAGAUGUCUCUGCCUCCGAACCUCUCGAGGCCACUGCUUGCGACACCCUCACACGCGCGUGCUGGAACCGCAUCUUCGUCGCCCGUGCGUCCGCCAAGUGGGCUACGCGAGCGUACGUUGCGCCCAUUGAGCGCGUCGAUGGUCAUAAGUCGGGGUUCGGUGUCAAAGAAAGGGAGCGUGAGGAAGCUGUUUACCCUCGAGGGUGACACGGAGGGCAGCGAGGGGGAGGAAGAUCGGGAAGGGGGGCCGAGGAGGGAGAGAAAGCGGCGGUUUCGCAGCAAAGAGAGUGGCAAGAGCGAGGAGAGCAGUCCGCAUCUAGAUAUGCUUGGGAUGAAGUCGAGUGGGGACUUGGAGCAAAAGACAGAGAGUGUGCGGGAAGAGGCGCGAAAAGUGGAGUCGGCCACGGAGAUAGAAUUGGACAAACUGAGAGCGGGGACGAGGAAGUAUCAUGCGCUAAUGGAACUCCUUGCGACUGAGGUGGGAUACCUCAUGGAUCUGCGUGCCCUCGUGUUUGUUUAUCUGGAACAACUUCCGACACUCACUACCAACUUCCCUCCUUCAUCUUUCACGCCAACCCUCUCCCUUCCAUCGCUCGGACUUGCACGCAAUUUCCCAUCAUCACGUUCGUCCUUCCUGCACCCCUCCCCUUCUCCAUCGUCAACGUCGUCAACGUCACAUAUUGGGCUUGGUGAUUCGGGGCAUAGCCCUCCUCAAGAGAAGGGAAAAAUUAAGGAGCAGAGCGGAGAGAAGGGUAAAGAGCGGAUUAAGGAAAAGGUCAAAGAGGGCUGCAUAGGGGGAUCAUUUUGGACGAAAGACAAGAGCAGAGAUGCAGACGUAGAAAAGGGCGCUGGAAACGGUGAUGGAGAGAUUCUGGGGUCGACCGCGCCAGGUGGGCAAGGGCAUGACCCACAACAACAGCCGCAGCGCAAGGCGAGCAAAGAUGAGUUGCCGACUCCACCUUCUCUACCGAGUUCCCCGACGAAGAGCAAGUAUACUCGCCGUCCAAUACUUGUGGAAAAGGAUAUCCAUACCGUGUGCAGAAAUGCGGAUGAGCUCCUUCGGGUCCAUGACAUCUUUGUGCGGGAACUCAGGGGAGCGGUGAGCUCUCUCGGGCUUGGGAAGGCUUUCAUGCUCGGUGAGGAUGGGACGCUGAGCAGGGUGCCGAAUAUCGAGCUCGUCGAGCCUGUAGUGCUGGAUAGGAUUGACGAGGCCGUUGCGGCUGUUGCAGAGAUAUUUAUCAACCAGGCACCUUCGUUCAGCGUAUACGAGACGUUUUGUCCGGGACACAACGAGGCGACGGACCUGAUACGCCAUGUGCAAGAGACGCAUCCCGCCGAGUGGGAUACAUACGAACAGCAAUGUUCGUUGCUCGUAGCUCAGGCUAUCGACUCCGAUGGGGUUGCAUCGUCUGAAUCCUGUUCAGUUGGACAUUCAACUGAGGACACCAUCCCUCUCCCUUCGUCGGCCACGACCACUACUGCUCCGAGCCUUCCAUUGACUGAGUCUGUUCGCACAAAACGUAGGCAUUCUACUUCGUCCCUCGCCAUGCUUUCGUCCGCGACCUACCUGGACCGUAAGCCUCGAAGACCACAGCUGCCGGACCUAGUGCGCUCGGAUCCUAUCGACCAGGAGCGCAAACUUGAAACUUCGGGCUCGAGUUCUGGUCAUGGCUGUAGGUCAUCGCAGUCACAGGCGACGCGUCUGAAGCUCCUGGACUAUUUGAUCAAGCCUGUGCAACGAAUAUGCAAGUAUCCGCUGCUACUCGAUCAACUCAAGAACAAGCGAGCACGAACGCAGAGCGCUGGGGCUGUAACGUUGCGGCAGUCAUUGCAAGCAGGCGUAGGCAUGGGCGAAUCCAGAGCAGAGAUUGGCCAGGACGCGGUAGAGAGGGCAAGCGAGGCGAUGCGGCUUGUUGUGAGUCUCGUGAACCGCGCGAGCGAAGUCCAGGCGCAUAUUGUCCGAUCCGCACUUAUCGCGUCGCGGAUCGCGUUCACUCAUUCUCCGUCGUCAUCGGCGAGCAGUCAUGGGCAUGGACAUAGCUCAUCGCCUUCUAGUAGGGCCCAGUCACUGACGCCCGAAUUUGUUGCGUCCCUCGGUCCAUGCCAUCUGACGGGCGCACUUGACGUCGUACACCAUCCCUCGGCGUUACAUCCUCCCGGGAGUGGGGCUCUGCGGGCCAAGUACUUUGGUGCCUUCCUGUAUGUGGGAGGAUACCUUGUCCUGGUCAAGAUCCCCAGGAAUGGGAAGACUUAUGAACCGCGAUAUUGGUUCUCCUUACUCGGCUUUGACAUGCUGGAUCUGGAUGAUGACGAUUCGCCGUUGCCAUUUUCUUUCCAUUUAUUCGGUCACGGCCACCAUGUACAGCUCGCUGCAGCUUGUCAUGCUGAGAAGCUUAUCUGGAUGUCGGCUAUCCAGGAUGCUCUUGCGGUCUCUCCUCGGUGGACUAACGAGCCCAUCCCAAGUUUGCACAUAGACGAGAAGCGCCUGGAUGGCGUUAUGGUAGACGAGUACCCUCCCGAGUGGACUGCAACGCCACUUCCUACCAUCCAGUCCCUUUCGGAGCUCGAAGGACAAGGGGAUGAUCAGGUUAACGAAGUACCGUUGCCUUCAACCAGCAGGAUGGAAUACAGAUCACGUCCGCCGUCGCGCUUAGACAGCUUGAGUCAGAGGCAAGAACAACAACCACAGAUGGCCACCUGGGUGCCGCUUAGUCGUCGCUCCUCUACCGCGUCCGUUAAGGCCUUCUUCUCUCCUAUGUUGUUCGAUCCUUCUGCCCGUAUCGCAAGACCAUCUUCUCAGGUACGUCAACAUGUGGACCACGGGUUGCAUGACGUCUUCUCGGAACUUUGUACGGCGGCGCGCUCUCAGGCACAGCUACGGGAGGAGGAGCUUUUCCAAGUACGCAAAAGCCUUGGGACGGGGAUGACGCGUUCGAAUUCCGGACUAAGUAUCACUGGUGCUAUGACUCUUGCUGCGAGAAGGCGAUAUGACAGCGUGUUGAUUUCCCGACGCAAGGGAUCCAUCGACGGCAGCAUUGAACAGCCCAGUGACCCGGAAGCGAAUGCAAGGUCCUUGGCAAACUUUUCUGGAAAGGCCAAGUCUUUGGCGUCGCGGUGUCGCAAGAAAACCCUGCCCUCCAUGCCUUUGAGUGUCAUGUCGAAUCUGAGCAAGGUGGACUCGGAAGUUCAGUGUGAGUCUCCACUGACUCUGAGCCCUAGCACGCAGUUGGAGUCGCCCCUCGCCCAGUCUCACUGUUCAUCGACAGCUUCAUCGAAUGUGGGCUCCGCAUUGCCUAGUCCUAUUGACCAUAUUGUAUCACUUCCUCUUGAACUGGCCCCAGACACUACAAUCCGUCAAGGUAUUGUGCUGCCUUCUGGAGAGGACUUUAGACCCAAACGGGCGCGGUCGAUGGUGGAUAACGUGCGAUACUUCUUCCAGUCACGGCCUGUCUCUCCGUCAUCGUCCAGCAACCAUUCUCCCACACCACCCGUAACCGCUCCCCCCGAGGCUGAAGCAGAACCGCAGGCGGCCGUGCAAUGGUGGAGAAGAGGCUCGCUCCGACGUCGAGUGCAGAGUUCUCCUGACGUACCAGGCGAAGAAGCGCAGCCGGAUGACGCCAGCAACGCUUCAGAAAAUGGCCAUGGGACAUUUCUUGUGCACAUUCCCUCGAAGCCACUCAGGGAGCAGCCUCUACCGCCCUCUUCCUACCAUUCCCCCGGAGACCAGCGAAAUGCCCAGUCUCAUUCUCGGCGGGUAGAGUUUAACGACACCGUUCCGAGUCGGCGACGAUCGCUCUUUGCGCCGUCGACUCGCCAGCGGGAAUCUAGCCCGCGACAAGAAACUUUGGAGGCCCCCACUGCUAUGAGCCGCAAGUCGCUGCGAAACGUAUGGUUCUUCCAGCGCUCUAGUUCCUUCACCCCUUUAGACUCUAAGUAG